UGGAAAAUGAUAAAAAUCACAUUUUUUCUCACCCCCAACAGAGGCAGUUGUGUUGUUUACGCCUGAACUCGCCUGCGUCGCCGCUGCUGCGCGUUACGCCCGACUGACCAAUUAGCUUGACGCUGGGUGGAGGAGUAACGCACGUCUGUUAGUAAGUUGGUAACGCUGCGGGUCUGCUCAGUUCCCUCCCCACCCGUAUUCAGACCCAAACCUCACCUCUUGCUCUGGGAUUGGCUAGUAGUUUACACUCGCCUUAAGUACAGCCAAUCCUAGCACCGAAUGCGAGGAGGUACCAGCCAAUCACCGCGCAGGAGGCGGGGUUUGUCGGAUAACAGGUGGGUAAAAAAUAACAACACCAAAGAACCUGCUGGAUUCGAGUUUAAGCGCGCGACCACGGCGCUCGCUUAGUUUUGUGGGGUCGCCGGGCUUUCUCCCCGGAUCAGCGCCCGCUUGUUGCUCGCACAGUUUAGCGUACGAGCUUAAACCCCACAUGUUUCCGAAGUGAGUCUGCGCUGCGUAGGUUCUUCUUUAUAAAGUGGAAGCUUCUAUGGAAAACCUGAUAAACUCCAGUUCGAGAGGAAAGUCUGCUCGGUGGUUCAUAUGAGGCGACGGUCUCGCGAUCUUUACCCUGGAUUUAGCAAAUGGUCCCGGCGCGAUCAGCCUCUGCUCGCUUUCCAGCCGGAGGAGAAGCAGCGAGUGAGAGUCGGAAACCUGCGUAACGCGAUAGAUAGGUAAGGCAACAGCUCGUGUUGUUUCAGAGGCGGGGUGUCCUGCAACGUGUUGAAAGAGGCCAGAAACUCUGCUCGACCCCCGCGGUGAAGAGAAACUGCAGAGGCAGACCGGAGCUGGGGGGACGCGUCUGAGGAAUAACGAUAUUGUGAAUAAUGAUUUUCUUUCAGGACUGGAUUUAGGGGCACUUGCGUAGGCACUGGCGGAUAAAACGGACUGUGCAACUUUUCCACUGGCGGAAAAAAGGGGGAAAAGUAGAGUACCGAGAUCUGGAAUGACGAAAUUCUCCUUCAAGAGGGAAUGAGAAGCCUGGGACAGAAUAACCAGAAGCCUCGCUAGAUUUUUAUCCCCAGACUAAACGACUACAGUCGCCCUGUUUUUGAAACAGAGUCGCGCGAGGCGACCGUUAGGAUCAAAUUCACAUUCACAGGUAACUAGCUAGGAGUAAAGAAGAAGAACCUGUGAGGCUACGGCGACGAAUGGACCUUUGAAUUAGCCUAAUUCUAGGAGAAAAAACAUUCUCGAUAAGUAGACGAAAUCCGGGCACCGGUACGAAGAACUACCGAACCGAGCAGACCGCCGCGUUUGUUGUUGUCUGCUGUGUGUGGCAGCAGCACCAGCCAGUCUGGAGCAAGUUCACCCGAGCAGUAGUUUUGCUGCUGCCAGCACGACAGCCGAGCACAUGGAGUGAGUCAGUCGGAGGAGAACAGAGCCCCUAGCACAGCUCAGACUUCAUGAUGGGAAAGAAGCAAAGUCCUCUAGCGUCAGGAGAAAGCAGCGAGGGGAGCGGGUUCAGCUCAGAGUGCCCGGGCGUUAACGAGGGGCAGCGUGUGGAGGACGGCGGCCGGGGGCAAACGCGGGAAGCCGGAGCGGGGACAGAGCGUCGCCAGAGCUUUACCGCGUCUUCUUAUGGGGUCGAGAAAAUGGGUUUAAGAAGUUCCCCUGUGAGAAACAGCGUCGGGAAUGGAGAGAGAAAGUUUGCCUUCUGUGCUUGGAGUUGGUGGGCGUUCUUAUGUCUCCACGUCCACGUGUCCACAGCUGUGAUACAAGGUGACGUGGCCCCUUACUUCAAAACGGAACCGGGGCCUCCGGAAAUCCACCUGGAGGGAAACCGUCUGGUCAUGACCUGUCUGGCAGAGGGCAGCUGGCCUCUAGAGUUCAAAUGGAUGUUCAACAGCACAGAUAUCACUGCCUUUUCCCCGGAGUACAAGUACAUUGUUCCAUCCCUGCAGCGCUCAGACAUGGGUACAUACCAGUGCGUGGUGAGGAACAGAAUGGGUGCUCUGCUGCAAAGAAGAGCAGAAAUACAAGUGGCAUAUAUGGGGGACUUUGUGGAGGCUGACCAGCGGAAAACAGUCACCCAGGGCCGGGCCACCAUCCUCAACUCACCAGCGGUCUCCUGUUUCCCCCGGCCACAGGUGACGUGGUACAGGGACGGUUAUAAGAUCAUCCCCAGCAGCAGAGUGGCCAUAACCCUGGAGAACCAGCUGGUGGUGCUGGCCACGGCUGCCGCUGACGCCGGGAGGUACUACGUCCAGGCCGUCAACGAGAAGAACGGCGAAAACAAGACGAGCCCAUCCAUUUACCUGAAUGUGGCAGAUUUGGACGCCCCGGCAGACCCGGUGGCUCCAGUGAUUGUGAUCCCCCCCAGAAAUACCACAGUGGUGGCCGGGGUGAGCGAGGCCACGCUGGAGUGUGUGGCUAAUGCACGGCCUGUGGAGAAGUUGAAUUUGGUGUGGAGGAGGAAUGGAGUGGAGGUGGCGAGUGGCGUUGGCUCUUUUGGCCGCAGGUUGACCAUCAUCAACCCCACCUCGGCUGAUGUUGGCCUGUACGUGUGUGAGGCAUCCCUGCUGGACAGCAGCGUCAAACCUGCAGAGGCCAGAGCCUUUCUCUCCAUUAUAGAGGCUCCAUAUUUCACAGCCGAGCCCAGGAGGAAGAUGAUGGGAGAGGUGGAGAAAAGCGUGGAUAUCCCUUGCCAAGCUCGAGGCGUGCCCAUGCCCAAGCUGGAGUGGUAUAAAGAUGCAGUGCCCCUCAGCAAGCUCAACAACCCGCGCUACAAGGUCAUCUCCAGCAUGGGUCUGCAGGUCAGGAAGCUGCAGCCUAAUGAUGCCGGAAUCUUCCAAUGCUUUGCCAGGAACACAGCUGGAGAGAUGCAGGUGCACACCUACCUGGACGUCACAAGUUUGGCUCCAACCUUCACUGCGCCUCCAGCUAACAUCACAGUGACGGAUGGCUCUGCAGCCUCCUUCACCUGCCAGGUCUCCGGUGCCCCUAAACCAGCCAUCACCUGGAAGAGAGAUGCACAGAUCUUGGCCAGCGGCUCGGUGCAGAUUCCACGAUUCACGCUGUUGGAGUCUGGGGGGCUGCAAGUGAAGCCUGUGGUGCUGCAGGACACGGGGACGUACACCUGCUACGCCGCUAACUCUGAGGGUGCCAUCAAUGCCAGCGCCAGCCUCACUGUCUGGAGUCGCACCUACAUUUCCCACCCUCCCACAGACCGCCGUGUCAUCAAGGGGACCACAGCCAUUUUGGAGUGCAGCGCCACGCACGACCCACGUGUGGCUGUGAGGUUUCUGUGGAAGAAGGAUGGAGAGGUUGUUGGUCAGUCCAAAGGUGGGCGGAUCACCCUACAGGACGGCUCUCUGCACAUCACUCAGACGUGGUCAGGUGAUAUCGGUGACUACACCUGCGAAGUACUCUCCCUGGCUGGCAAUGACUCCAAGAGUGCACGCCUCGAAGUCAUAGAGCUGCCUCACUUCCCGCGGAACCUGCAGGCUAGCCUGAACGCCACGGACAGCCGCAGCGUGGACCUGUCCUGGAUGAGGCCUUUCGAUGGCAACAGCCCUCUGCUGCACUACGUGGUGGAGCUCUCAGAGAACAAUUCUCCAUGGCGGGUGUAUUUGCCGAAUGUGGACCCGACGCUGACCGCUGUGGUGGUGACUGGCCUAACUCCAGCCCGCACCUACCAGUUCAGGGUGUGUGCUGUCAACCAGGUGGGCAAAGGACAGUACAGCACUGAAACCAACAGGCUGAUGCUCCGUGAGGAGCCGCCCAGCGCUCCACCUAAGAACAUAGUGGCCAGCGGACGCACCAAUCAGUCCAUAAUGGUGCAGUGGCAGCCCCCACCUGAGCCCCAGCUCAAUGGUGUACUCAGAGGUUACGUUCUCAGGUAUCGGCUGGCAGGGCUCCCUGGCGACUACCAGCAGCAGAACAUCACAAGCCCUGAGAUCAACUACUGCCUGAUCACGGAGCUCAUCAUCUGGACACAGUAUGAGAUCCAGGUGGCUGCGUACACGGGAGCCGGCCUGGGCGUCUUCAGCCAGCCCGUCAUUGAGUACACGCUGCAGGGAGUUCCCACAGCUCCCCCACAGGGUGUGGAGGCUGUAGCUGUCAAUUCGACCACCAUCAAAUUCACAUGGAAUCCACCACCUCAGCAAUUCAUCAAUGGCAUCAAUCAAGGUUACAAGCUAAUGGCAUGGCCUGAGCACUCUCCCGAGGACACCACGGUGGUGACCAUCACUCCAGAUUACCACGGCACCCGUCACCUGGGCUACGUCAGCGGCCUGAAGAAGUUCACCUGGUACCUGACCUCAGUGCUGUGCUUCACUACACCAGGGAACGGGCCCCGAAGCACGCCCAAACUUGUGCAGACGCAUGAGGACAUUCCAGGCCCUGUAGGGCAUCUGAGCUUUACUGAGAUCCUAGACACGUCUCUGCGAGUUAGCUGGGAGGAACCUGUAGAGAAAAAUGGAAUCAUCACAGGUUACCUGCUGUCCUGGGAGGCACAGGGAAAGAACCAGUCGCGGGUGGCGCGCACUAUGCCCAACAGCACGCUGGAGUACAAGGUUACUGGCCUCACCUCCCUCACCACGUACAUCCUGGAGGUGGCUGCCAUGACUGGCGCAGGCAUAGGGACGGUCACGUCAUCCACAAUCUCCUCUGGAGUGCCCCCAGAACUUCCUGGACCCCCUUCAAACCUGGUUAUCUCCAAAAUCAGCCCACGAUCAGCGACUUUGAAGUUCCGGGCAGGAGAUGAUGGGAAAACAUCCAUUUCUAAGUGGAUUGUGGAGGGACAGGUGGGCAAUACUGGAGAAGAAGAUGAGUGGAAGGUGCUGUACGAGAAGGAGAAUGAUCCAGAAGCUCAAGUACUGGAGGUGCCCAACCUCACCCCCUUCACUCACUACAGGUUCCGCAUGCGCCAAGUAAACAUAGUGGGCUCCAGCACGGCCAGUGAGCCAUCGCGGGUGAUCCAGACCCUGCAGGCCCCUCCAGAUAUGGCCCCUGGCAGCGUGACUGUACGAACAGCCAGUGAGACCAGUGUGUGGCUGCGAUGGGUGCCUCUGCCAGAGACGGAGUAUAAUGGUAAUCCGGAGAGUGUGGGUUAUAGAGUGCGUUUGUGGCGUGCGGAUCAGCAAGGUGAUUUCAGCACGCGGGUGGUGAAUGACAGGCUGGAGCGAGAGAUCACACUGGAGGGGCUGGAGGAGUGGACUGAGUACCUGCUGCAGAUCCAAGCCUUCAACUCCAUCGGCCCCGGGCCCUGGAGCGAGCCGGUGAGAGGCCGCACACGUGAGUCAGUGCCCUCAGGAGCUCCAGAGAACGUGACGGCUGAGGCCAUGAGCUCCACGCGUAUUCUGGUGACCUGGGGACCUGUGCCAGAGCCUGAGCAGAACGGCAACAUCCUGGGAUAUAAGGUGCUUUACAGAGAGAAGGGAUCUGGUGCAGAGCCGCAGGUGCAGCUGGUAAAGGGGAACCUGACACAGUCAGCACUGCUGAGGAACCUGCGCAAAUACGUGCAGUAUGAGAUCCAGGUGCUGGCCUUCACGCGCAUAGGAGAUGGCCAGCUCAGCAGCCCCCCUGUGCUGGAGAGGACCAAGGAUGACGUUCCAGGACCGCCCAUGAGGCUUGUGUUCCCAGAGGUGCGUCUGAUGGAGGUCAGAGUGGUCUGGCAGCCCCCGGUGGAUCCAAACGGCAUCAUCAUGGGAUACCAGGUCGCUUACAGGCUGGAUUCUGGAGAUCCGAACCAGUUCACCACGGUGGAGGUGGGCCCAGACACAAAGCAGUUCACCGCCUCCAGUCUGGUCCCCGAGUCUGCCUACAUAUUCCGCAUUUCAGCCAAGACCCAACAGGGCUGGGGCACCGCUGCACAGGCUGUGGUCAUUACUACUGAGAUCAGAGAGCGUCCUCAGCCACCGCUGCGGCUCAGUGUGCCUCAGGAUCAGGUGCAGUCUCGUCAGCUGAGGCUGAGCUGGUUGCCAGGUGGAGACGGCUCCUCCCCCGUCCGCUACUUCACCCUUCAGAUCCGCCAGCUGCCUGACGGAGCCUGGGUGACCCACUCCUCCACCAUCAGCCACAACAGCACCUCCUGCAUAGUGGAAAGGCUGAAACCCUACACUUCAUACAAGCUGAGAAUGAUGGCCACUAAUGACAUUGGAGACAGCAAGUACAGCCAAGAGACCGAUGCAAUUACGACUUUACAAGAUGUUCCUGAUGAAGCUCCUGUUAUUCAGUCUGUGAAGCCCUCGACAACUACCUCUGUGCUGGUGCAGUGGCAGCCGCCCAAGGAGGAGAGUGUGAACGGGGUGCUGGUGGGCUACCGGCUAUAUUACCGUGAGCUACAGUAUGACAGCACUCCACAGGAGUCCAAGAAGGCCAUCAACAGCUCUUCAGCGCGCGGAGAUCUGACAGCCAAAAGCACUGUGAAGACAGUGAGCAAUCCUUCGAUAACGGAAUUCGAACUCACGCAGCUGCAGAAGUACAGGCGCUAUGAAAUCGUGAUGACGGCUUACAACAUCAUUGGCGAGAGCCCUGCCAGCGCGCCUGUGGAGGUGUUUGUAGGGGAAGCAGCUCCCUCAGUUGCGCCUCAGAAUAUCCAGGUCAACACGAUUUCAUCCACCCAGUUGGAGGUGCAGUGGGAGCCACCCCCUGUGGAGACUCAGAAUGGCAUCAUCCAAGGCUAUAAGAUUUACUAUUGGGAAUUGGACAACCAGAAUGAGACAGAGAAGGUAAAGAUACUUUUUCUGCCUGAGGCGAGCAUGCGGCUGAAGAACCUGACCAGCUACACUUACUACAUGGUCAAGCUAUCUGCUUUUAAUGCAGCAGGGGACGGUCCACUCAGUGAGCCCAGGAGGGGGCGCACUCUUCAGGCAGCCCCCAGUGCUCCUAGCUUUAUCAGUUUCUCUGAAGUCACCAGCACCACUCUCAAUGUCUCAUGGGGAUUCCCUGUGUCUCCAAAUGGAGUAGUGGAAGGCUACAGGGUGGUAUACGAGCCCACUGCACCCAUUCACGGCGUAAGUAAAGUAGUGACAGUGGACAUUCAGGGCAGCUGGCAGCGCUGGUUGAAGGUGCGUGAUCUUACAAAAGGAGUGACCUACCGCUUCCGCGUGCAAGCCAAGACCAUCAGCUACGGCCCGGAGGCCGAGGCCAACAUCACAGCAGGUCCUGUGCAAGGAUCUCCAGGAUCCCCCCUUGAAACAUCAAUCACAAAGUCCGGCUCCACCCUCACCAUCCACUGGAAACCAGGGGACAAGGGAGCAGGCCGUGUGACUGGCUAUGUCAUCGAGGCCCGCCCCUCAGAUGAGGGAUUGUGGGACACUUUCGUGAGGCACCUGCCCCCCUCCAGCACCUCCCAUGCCAUCAGCCUGGACCGCCUUCGCCAGGGAGUCAGCUACCAGUUCAGAGUGCUGGCCGUCAAUGAUUAUGGCUACGGUGAGCCAAGUGCGCCCUCUGCUGCCAUGUCAGCCCAACUGGAGACCCCCUUUUAUGAGGAGUGGUGGUUCCUGAUCGUCCUAGCACUGUGUGGACUGAUUUUGCUGCUGGUGGUGAUUUUUGGGCUCGUCUUGCAUGGACAGAACAAGAAGUAUAAGAGCUGUGGCACAGGUGCAGCUGUCUCCACGGUGGAGGAAUCUGUCACACUGGACAAUGGAGGCUUCACAGCUUUGGAGUUGAACAGCAGACCCAUCCACGUCAAGAGCUCCUUCCUGAGGAAAAACGGCACCAGGUCGCCCCCUCGGCCCAACCCUGCAGGUCUGCGAUACUCAGAUGAAGAUAUCUGCAACAACUACAAUGGUGCAGUCUCCACGGAGUCCACAGCGCUUACAGAGAGGCCUGCAGAAUUAUCCGAGUCUGAGGCCACAGACAGCGACUGCGAGGAGGAACAGAUCAAGCAUUCGUUUGUGAACCACUACAUGAGUGACCCGUCCUACUUCAACUCGUGGAAGCGGCAGCAGAAGGGCCUGAAGCAGACGCUGGCCUGCGCCUACGAGGAGUGCGCCAGCAGGGAGGGCGAGGGCUACUAUCAGACAGUGGUGACCCAGCACAGCGUUGGGGGUGUGUACACGCCUGCUGGCCAGCCAGCCACUGGCUCACGGACUCCCGUCACAGGCUUCUCGUCCUUCGUGUGACGCCCUGCGGGGCUCGGAGGAGCGGGACCCCUCUGCAGGCCCUUUGUUCAGGCAACGGUGGGCUUGGGGAAAGGCACAAGACUUAGGGUGGGGGGUAUUCAGGACAUUUCAGCAGUACUUUCACCAUGAGCACUACAAGAGACGUAUUUGACCGACCCAUUUCGAUUUAACUUGAAUGUACUCUCGUGCCGAUCAACGAGCGUGGCGAUUAGCGAGAAACAAGAGUCGGCAACAUGGAAAAUCACUAAUCACAGACCUGGAGAUAAUCACACAGUUUGCAGUGAAUGUUACUUGUACGUGUUUUCACAGGCACAGCCUUGGCUGCGAAAGACGAUUGAAAGCCAUUUUGUUUUAUCAGAUGGGGAUAAAGCAGGGUACAACAGGGAAGUCCUGUUCUCAAUCUACAGAAGUGAUGAUCAGCACUACAUUCCCACACUUGACUCUACAUGGUGGCACACUCUCACAGUCCAAAUGACCAUGAAAGCAUUCCUGACACUGUUCCCUUUAUGACCAACCGCCAGGAGGAUUUUACAUGGAACACGCGCUCUGUAAUUAUUAUAUACUCUAAUGUCAAGUCUGAAUAAUCCGUCACUCACCUUCAGUGUCUCUAUAUAUACAUGUUCCACUCGCGAGCGGAAAGCGGAGCAGUCAUGAAAUUGUAAUGGAAAUGAUGAAGGAGUACUGUUACUGCCUCAAGCAGCAAGUCAGCAGUGGAGUCAUUUAGCAGUGAGCAGACAGCGUCUACUCGUAUUCCUCACAGGGGCGGCGAGACGGAGCAUCCGUCGUGCAGUGAUUCUUUGAGUGUCACAUUAUCCUCACGUGGACCUUUGCCAUUAAAAUUCUACUGUUUGGUUACCAGGCUUAAGAGCUGAGUCCAGUUUUCCAGGUGCAGGUCAAAGCCUAGUCCUGGACCAAAGCAUAUUUUCAGAGAAAUCCCAGUUGCCUUUAAAACUUACUCCAAGGCUACUUUACAUCUGUAUCUGGAAAGCAGGUCUCUUUAUGCUGGAUGAAUGAAGAGCAUUUUUCCCAAUACCAGUCGUUCCCUUCACUGCAUACUUUCAUGUUUUCCCUGUUCUAAAUCUCCAUAUUCCGCUCAUGAAGGACUAAGAAGUAGCCACAGAAAUGGUGUGAUAGGAGGGACACAUAAACAGUGCAGUGCAGGGACUGGAGUUGGGAAAUAGUUGAAGCAUUGUGUGAGAGGUGAAACUUGAUGGCCUUUGGCACAUUAUUUAUAGCAGGGGUGCACAACUCCGGUCCUGGAGGGCCGGUGUUCAGCACAGUUCGGUCAUCUUCCUGCUCAAACACACCUGAUUCAGCUCAUCUUUGAGUAGGGGAGCCACCAAAAUGUGCUGGACAGCGGCCCUCCAGGACCGGAGGUGUGCACCCGAUUUCUAGGGUUCCCACAGUUCUGGAUGUGGGAGUGAUUAUUUCAUUUAAAGAAAGAAUUUUAAGAAAAUUCAUGUUUUUGACACUGUGAAAUUUCAGCACAAGACAAAAGAAUUUUAGUCACCACUUUCAGGAAGCUGUUCCAUAUCCAAACUCCAUCAGCAAGGACAUUUGGUACAUUUGGUAAAAAUACAUUUUCAGACUUUUUCAGAUUUCUGUAAUCUUUCAUUUUGUGUCUCACGUUACAAGGAUAACCAUUUCUUUCUGAUUUUUUUUUCUUGGAAUGGGAGCUGAAUGAUUCUCAAAAAGUCCUUGGAUGUGAUAGAGAUGGAGUGAGAACCCUGUUAUUCCAGCACUCUUAAGCCAUAAGGACAUCAUUUUCUGUUCUUUUUCUUUUUUUCAGAUUCACUCAUCACAGAGCGACUGAAUCUUUGCCUUUUUUCCAUUUUAUAUGCUUGAAUGGUGUAAAUGUGAUUUAGGAUUUGUUUGUGUUCAUGAUUUCUUUCUUUUUUUACUGUAAUGUUAUUACAGAGUGAUGCUGCGUCAUUCGUCAGUUCAUUUCAGUGUAUUUUUCUUCAGUUCUUGAAAUUGCCAAUCACAGUGGUGGACAGAAGAAUUAACUGUAAAGGAAAAGGAAAUGUUUAUGGUUUAUGCCUGCCAUAUCUGUCCCAGCACGAGUGUAAUGUCAUGGACAUUCAUGAAGUAAAGACUAUUUCCCACUUUUUUAGAGAAAUUAAAUGUUUGCUGUUCACGUAAA